AUGGCCGAGAUAAAUGCAGCGUCGGCAUCAACGGAGGCUGUUUCACAAACUGUCCUUCCUGUUGAGGUCGAGCCCUCUUCAGUGAACACUGAUAGUAUGAAUAAUGAAAUCGAGGUGGUGCCAUCGACACCGUGCACCAGCGUAACACCAUGUGCCAGUACUGCGGAAAUGUGCACACAAGUCUCUUCUGAACGUGAUGAAUUGACAAAUAUGCUUCUGAAUAUCCUAGUCACCACGAACAUAUCACAAGCAGACGCUAACAGAAUCUUGGAGAUAUUCCGUGCAAAAUUGCCUCAGCUACCAAAAACCGUUAGAAGUGUACUGAGAAUGUGUGGGUCAUGCGAUUCUAGACUACUGGGAGAAGGAAUGUAUUGCCACAUCGGUCUCAAAAAAUGUUUGCAGCACUACAUGGAGAUGUCGUCUGUGAUUGAAACUCCCAGCAACAUAAUUGACCUGCAGUUGAAUGUCGACGGUUUGUCCAUCUCGAAGUCUACUAACCAGCAGUUAUGGCCCCUGUUAGGUAGGAUUACGGCACCGUUUUUAAGCAGUGUUUUCUUGAUAGGUAUAUAUGGUGGUCCUAGCAAGCCCAGCAGUUACAAAGAGUUAUGCAUUGACUUGGUAUCUGAACUGAAGGAGAUAUUAAGUCAAGGCAUACACAUUACCAGACUUCAUAGGCAUUUCAACGUUCGUUUAACAGCCGUCAUCUGUGAUGCACCGGCUAGAGCGGACUUGAAGUAUAUAGUAGGUCAUAAUGCUAGUUCAGGUUGCGACAAAUGCACAGUCACUGGAGUUAAAGUUGAUGGAAGAAUGAUAUUUGGAAAUGGCUUCUUCCCAAUAAGAACUGACGAAAGCUUCCGUCAAAGGAUGCAGUCAAGUCACCACCGUGGAGACUGCAUUUUUGAGGAGUUAAACAUUGAUAUGGUUAAGUGUUUCCCCCGUGAUCCAAUGCACCUAGUGUAUUUAGGGGUAGUAAGGAAGCUUGUAAGUCUCUGGCAAGACUUAGCUAAAAAGAAUGAGAUGCACGUGGACCGUAUUAUGCUAGGAAAUAUUGACGGAAAGAUAUUAGACUGUUCCGGAAUGACACCCAAAGACUUCCCGAGGAAAUGUAGGGGGCUAACCGAAGUCAGUCGGUGGAAAGCCACAGAAUGUCGCCUGUUCCUCCUGUACAUAGGACCAGUUGUACUUAAGGACAUAAUGCCACCGGCUAUUUAUCGAAACUUCCAAAGAUUAAGUCUAGCAGUGUACCUUUUGUCUCACCCUAGAUUUCAUAGAAAUUACUUGGAAGGUUGCAGAGUUGAGUUAAUCAACUUUCUAAACGAGUUUGAGGUUAUAUACGGUAGAAAGCACCUAGUUUAUAACAUCCAUUGUCUGCAACACUUGACCGAAGAUGUCAAUCAAAUGGGACCGUUGGAAUCUUUUUCGGCCUUCCCAUUUGAAUCUUAUAUGCAGACAAUAAGGCGAUCAAUACAUUCCUACAAUGCAAUCGCUAAGCAAGCGGCAAACCGUUUUGCUGAAAAGGUGCUCCACGACUGCAAAUCAGGAGGAGUACGCAAUGAAGUUUUAAAUGAGUGUGAGGUGGAUACACGUAGGCAAACAGUUAAUACUAGGAAUACACUCAUUACUUCCUCUUCACCAGAUAACUUAGUUAUAGCUUACGGUAGACCGGGUCUGAUAACUGAGAUAAAUAGGGAUGGACUAAUAUUCAGACCUUAUGCAGAUUGUGGUGAUUUCUUCGAGCAACCAUUUAAGUCAUCCCACAUUGGGAUAUGGAAGUGCUCUAAAGUUAGCCCAUACAAGGUAGAGAUUAGUCCGUCAGACAUUACUUGUAAGUGUUUUGGAAUGCGUACAGAUAGACAGUUGUGUCAAUCGUCGGCAUUCCUGCAUUCAAUUGCCAAGCGGACUAAUAAGACAAAAGAAAAGAAGAAUUAUGCUGUUUUACGGAAAGCUGGGUCCAAAGAAUUAUUCAUAGCUGCCAGCAGUUGGAUGCUAUCCGAAGACCUGUGCUUGUAUCACAGCAGUAUAACAGAUAAUGAAGUUGAGGCUUGCGUUAGACCUCGACCGGACUGGGUGCUAACGGAUUGUGAAAUGUUAGCUGAACUAGACUCUUUCGUAGAAGCCAAGAAUACAUUGCAGGCUACUAAACGAAUAUACAGUGUACUCUCAAAUUCAGAUAAUAUGGAGGAAACAUUACCUCUUACCAAUUCCAAACGUCCAAGAGUUGAGACGAAGAACUCGUCUUACGCUUACGACUCAAUGGAACUUGAAGCAGUGGAGGCACAGAAAGUUUGUUUGCCUUCAAAAUACCCGACAACAAAUUUCAUGGCAACUGUUAUGUCACCGAUAGCCAGCACUUCCACUCAACAAAUGCCAGUGGCAACUUCACCUAUAGCGCAACUAGUUCAGCAGACUAC